AUGGAUGCCCUGAGAGACGAGCUACUCGCAGGCUUUGCCAGCCUGAACGCCACUGUUGCACAGUACCUCGCCUCUCAAGGCCUUGACGAAGCCACAGUCAACCACUUCAGCCAGUGCUUUUCUGCCAACGUCGGCGCUGGCAAACUCCACCGUGGACUGGCCACGCUGUACGCAGGCAAGCAGCUCGCCCAGAAGCCCGUGAGCGUGGACCAGUCGCGGCAGCUCACUCUUCUCGCAUGGCUCGCAGAGAUGCUCGGCGCCCACUACCUGAUCCUCGACGACAUAAUGGACGGCUCGACAACCCGGCGCGGCGAGCUCUGCUGGUACCGCCAGCCGCAGGUAGGACUCAUGGCCAUCAACGACGCGUGCCUGCUGAAAUCCAUCAUCUUCUUCCUGCUCAAAACCUCGUUCCGCCACCAUCCCGCCUACGCCAACAUGGUCGACCUCUUCGUCGACACCGGCCUCCACACCGAGCUGGGCCAGCUGCGCGAUCUUGCCGCCGCCAGGGAGCCCGACGCUGAAAAGUUCACCAUGGACCAGUACUGGGCCAUUGUCAGGGACAAGUCGUCGUACAGCAUUUCCGGGCCCCUCACGCUCGCCCUCGAGUAUUGGCAGCUCGCUACGCCCAAGAAUCUGCGGCAGACGCGUGCUUUUUCCGUCGCGCUAGGCGAGUACUUCCAGGUCAAUGACGACUAUGUCGACGUGUUUGGGGAUUAUGCCGUCACCGGAAAGCACGGCACGGAUAUCCAAGACAACAAGUGCACGUGGUUCAUUGUCGAGGCCCUGGCGCGGGCAGACCAAGAGCAGCGACGGCGUCUCCUGGAGGGGUACGGCCGCAAGGACGCGUCUCGCUCCGACGAGGUGAGGCGGGUAUUCGCCGAGCUGGAGCUCCCGCAGGCCUUUGGGGCCUACGAGGGGGAGCAGAGAGCCAAGAUAGAGGGCAUUAUUGCGGCCGUGGACGAGGACGACGGACUGAGGCGUGACGUACUUCAGGCUUUUUUUGAUGGCUUCAGGAGGGGCCGCCAGUUUUGA